AUGGCGUCCUCUCCCGAACUCGCGAGUCCUCCGAUGGUCUACAAACCCACCCGUUUUCAUGAUCUCUACGAUGUGGAGCUCGAACAACUGAUAGACGAAGCCUCCGAAAGCCAGUCUUCAUCCGGGACUUCUGAAUCAGACACAAUAUCGGUGUAUGUUCCUCCAGUUGUUACAACGUCAACGCGACCUCAAAGCAAACAGAAAACUUUGAAGUCCGCCAUGCGAUGGCUUCCAAAAAGAAUCAAAUACACCUUUCUGUCUACGACUGCAGGCCGUACCCUUCGGCAUUGA